AUGGCCACGGACACGGACGCGAGCUCGCGGGGCUGGACUAACCACGUCUCGGUCUGGAAACCCGAUGGCGUACGGGAGUACCUUGCAACUUCGGGACAUUUCUUUGUCGGAAUACUUGAAGACGGUCGCACUGUGCUAAAAUACCCGCACCGUAAGACACCGGAGACUCUGUCCUGUCUACGCGAGGAGGCCGAUCGAUAUGCUCGUCUCGGUCCCCACGAGAAUCUAGUGAUAUACAAAGGAUUUAAUAAAGACGGGUUGCUCCUCGAGUAUUGCGAACGGGGAGCCUUGAGCGAUCUGAUUGAAGGGCCUUUUGUCUUAACCGAUCCCUACAAGUUACUUAUCGAAAAUCAGGUCGUCCGUUGCCUGGCUUUUUUCCACCAACGGAAUUAUAUUCAUUGCGAUAUGCACGUUCGCAACAUCUUCCUAACCUCCGAAUUUAUUGCAAAGGUCGGUGAUCUUCAAGGGCAGUUAUACCGAGAUGAUGGAAGCAUCGAAAUUGAGACUAUGUCUCAGGAAGAUGCGAAAUCGCGGCAUCCAGAUGCGGGCGAAGACGAAUUUACUCCAAGAACGGAUAUCUUUGCUCUCGGGACAUUACUAUACCAGCUUUGGCAUGGGCAUCCCCCUUUCCCAGAGUUAGACAUAUAUGCACACUACGACUUGAUCGAAGCAAGAUUUCGCAAAAGACAGUACCCGGUCGAUCUAAGUCGGGAAUCGGGCAUCGACAUCAUUAUCGGCAAGUGCUGGGAAUCGGAGUACGAACGAGCGGAAGAGAUUCUCAACGACAUGUACAAAUUGGGUUCAAAGGAGGUGCCAUGA